AUGGAUCAAGAACCGUUCUCCUAUGAGCCACUCCAGCCGCGCCAUAUCCGUGUUCUGGAAGUCGAGUCUGGGAGGAAUUCAUCCGAACUCAUCAGCUGCAGAUGUAUUCAUGUAUCGAUUGAUAACCCCUCAAGCCCACCGUAUGUUGCAGUGUCGUACACCUGGGGUACUGAACCUCAGAAACCCCACCGGAUUCUCGUCAAUGGUCGUCUGUUAUCCACCACGCAAACUGUGCACGAGCUCCUCCGCAGCAAGUGUAUGGCAGAGCCCGAUAUUUCGUUAUGGAUUGACGCCAUUUGUAUCAACCAAGAUGAUAAUGAAGAGAAGUCGGUGCAGGUCACACUUAUGGGAGAAGUCUACUCCAACGCAGACCGCGUGCGGAUAUGGCUAGGACCGUCAGGCGAGAAUAGCGGCCUCGCGAUAAGUUUCACGGAGACACUCUGUUCGAUAUUGCCGGAGAUUGAGACGUUGGACCCAGAGCGUACCAUGUAUUAUGCUCGAAAAUAUCAAGAAGGAUGUUCGGAAUGGUUUGCACUUGCCAAACUCCUCAGUCGCCCCUGGUUCACGCGUACCUGGGUUGUCCAAGAAGUUGCCUUAUCCACCAACGCCGACAUUGUAUGUGGAGAUGAUACUCUGAGCUGGAACUCCCUAGCCCGGGCUAUAACUGGUUUGGGUGCGUUAGGUUAUGGCGGCAUGAUUGCACUCGAACCAGGCAAUGAUUUGAUCUCGAACAUCGGUGUCCCAGGUCUUACCAGAGUUACGAAGUUGGAAGUGGUCCGAAAAUAUCGACGUCAGCGUGAACCUGUACCGCUUCUUCUUCUGAUGUCAAUGUUUUCAGAUGCUGAAACGAAGGACCUAUUAGAUAGGGUAUACGGCUACUUGGGCGUUGCGACAGAUGUGGAUGAUCCCAUAUUCGUGCCAGACUAUACAGAAACGAACUCUCCCAAAACCCUUUUUACCUCUGUAAGUAGGUUUCUACUCGCCAGAGACCCAAAACUCCAUUUGCUACGGUGGAGCGGUAUUACCGAAGAAUCCGGGGCCCCGUCAUGGUCUUUCAAUUUCGUAGAUAUUGUUCGCCGAAGAAGGCUUGGUAACUAUCCAGUUACUGCCGCUAACCGGCAGGACAUAGUGUUCAGCAACGACGGCAGCGAACUGACGCUACGAGGAAUUAUAAUUGACUCAAUCUCUCAGCUUGGGCUGGUGGCUGGCUUUGACGAUCCCGGGCAUACUCUUGGCAGCGAUGAAACCGCCAAUUACUACGAGUGGUAUCUUCAAGCAAAGUCUAUGUUUCAAUCGACCGCCUUAGGACAGGACGAGGAAGUGUUCUGGCGGACUUUACUAGCGAACAAAGUAAACAACGAGAAUGUUCUCAGCGAUGAGGAAGAAGCGGCACCAGAUCAGAAAUACGCCGAAUUCUUGCGAGACUUCGAGUCGAUCAUGGCCCGGAUUUCCACGGUGACAGACGUAGAGGAAGCGAAGAAAUUCCUCCUCGCCCCUGAAGGGAUGAACGCGAUGGCCUUCCGCGCCGACAUGAUCUCUGCAUCCCGUUCGCGACGCUUCUGUGUCCUGCAUGAAGGCUCUGUGGGAUUGAUGCCUGAGAGAGCUCGCCCGGGAGAUCUGAUCGCUGCGUUCCUGGGGACUAUGGUCUUGUUCGUUAUACGACCUGUCCCUGACGCACCUGGCGCUGCCCAGAAGUAUUAUCUCAUUGGAGAAUGCUAUGUGCACAACAGCAUGAAUGGUCAAGUAGAUGAGCUGGGUCUAGAAAUGCGAGAUAUGCUAUGGCGCUACGCUAUGCGGCAUUAUGCUGAGAUGCCAGGACCGCGGCAGAAGGAGACGAAGAAGGGAAAGAAACUCCUGGCAAAAUCCAGAGCUCAAAAGGCUGAUGAAAGAAGUAAGAGUCAGCAAAUCGGGCUCAUGGCGCCUCAUCGCCAUAAACGCCGAAUCCCUGCGCAGAAAGGUCGUUCUGACCCGCAAUACUGGACAAGAUUACCAGCCGAGAUCAGCUUGAUGAUCCUCGACAUGGUAGCAGAGGAUUAUAGAUUCCAACCCUCUGAACCGCGCCUCCGCGCCGGCUAUGCCACCAUCUGUCGGGAGUGGCAACCGGUUUUCGAACAGCGGAACUUCCAACGGCUUAUUCUCGACCAGAACCGUAUUUGUAACCUUGAAAAGUUUACGGGUAAGAAUAAGAGACGAGAUUACCUCGAGCAUCUAUUCCUUCGUGUCCGGCUUGAUGAGUAUGACUGCACAGUCUGUCAAUUUAAGGAGGAUAUUAACACAAAGAAUAAGAAUAACAACUGCUUCAGUAGAGCUGUCUGGAGAUUAUUAAUUAUCCUAUCUAAGUGGAGCGGAUUCGUCCCGAGUGUCGGCCGUUACGGUCGCCGCAAAAAGGGCCUGAUAUUAGAACUCGGCGCAUAUUCCCCAAGUGAUUGCAAACAUACAUUCCGGGAUUUUCAUCUCGAGCCCAACUACCCGUACCUAGAACCACGGGACCUCGACGAGCACGGCGAAGCAUAUAAGCAACGGGCCGAAAGACUUGAACUCGAGAGCUUGAAUGACCCAUUUCAUGGCUGGGUUGACGGCAAACGGGACGUUAAUGGUGUGAUAAGCUUGGAAGCAAAACAAAGAAUUAUAGGAACGUUGCAAAUAAAAGCUAAACUUCGUGAAUUCGCCCGGUUUGAUGCGACAUUCCCAAAGGCCGAGGUUGUUACAGGUCUGCUUAUUCGAAGACAGUUCUAUCGGAAGAUCUCAGCGUAUUCUCUUAGCAAGCUCCUCCGUGAAAGCUUUACGUGCCUCGAGUGGUUGCGUCACGAGGGAUGGCAUGAUAUCGAUACACAGCAGCAAGCAGCCUUUGAGAAGGGACUUCAACAAACUCUUGCACCCAGAACGGGCCGCCAAGCGUGGGCCUGCAAAUCGGGCUCUGGCAAAGCACUCUCAAAGGCAAGCCGUUCCCUCAACAAUCUAUCUGCGGCCUUCCUUGUAGAUGCCAGGGAUUUCUUUGCCGACUUCUGGCCGCCUAACCACUGGAGUCCACAUGCGUCCCAAAAUUCGAACGCAAAUGUGGUUCCCUGGGAGAAUCUUCGAAAGUUGACUCUAACAUCGCAUUUGCUGCACCCAACGACAAAGCCGGCCAUAUUCAGGAAGCUACUAACGGCUGUGGGCCGGGCGGCAGCUUUUAUGCCAAAGCUUGAGGUGCUGGAGAUAUGGAAUGCAACGUUGACAUACGAUAGCGAACCAUUGACAAAAGACGAGAAAGGGGCUGCUUGUGUCUUCCAGUACGUGUACAGCAGCAAAAGCCCGAAGAUUACCUUUGCAAGCACUUGGUUUCGUGAGAACCUGGAGUACGUGUUGGGGAGUAAUAUGGAAUACUGCUGGGCGAAUUUACCAAGGCAUGGACCUGGCAACCAGCUUACGAUUGUGAUUGGGGUACUUUCGAGGAGGCCGAGCUGGUUUAAGCACCAUGAUAGUGCGAUGACCCUUUUGGGUGUGCGGGGUCACGUCUUGCAUAAGCUCUCGCGUUAUCAGUCGUGCUUCGAAUAUAAAAAACCCAAGACAGAAGACCUAGAGCCAAACAUACAACCGGCUGGGGCUUAA